UCGAGUCAGAGCGAGGCGUGUUACCGUUACAAGAACCAGCAUCACACCCUGUCUGCACUCUGACAGCAGCCGGCACUCAUUUUAUUUUUACUUUUUCUACCUUUUUAACUCCGGGCAGUGCCGUACGAUUUAUACUUUUAACUGAAAUAAACGAAGAUUUUUUUUUUAUUUCCUAAUACACCAUCCGUGACUCCGGAGUGCCUUCUAUCUGGUGACCUGUUGCGGUGAUCACUCCCGCUCCGCUCCUCAAACCGUAGAUCUCGUUGCUAGGAUACCGGGUCCGAACCGCUCUGCCCACGUGACGCCUCGCGGAGACCCCCUCGUGCACCGAACACCCGGCCGUGGUGACGUCAUAACCGCGGAGCCCAGCCGAGCAGGAGGACCCCCCCGGCGCCCACCACUCCCGAGUCAGGACCCGGUGUGCCGCCUUUACCGGAGCCGUAAUGUCCUCGUCCGCUCCGCAGACACCGACCGCCGCUCCUCCCGUCUCGUCCCCGAGGUUCAGCGUCCUCUCCUGGCCGCAGGUCCGCCGCCUGGAUGCCAUCCUGUGCGAGAGCGUGCCCAUCCAUGGCCGGGGCAACUUCCCCACCCUGUCCUGCCGGCCCAGACACCUCAUACAGGUAGUCCGGAGCCGGUUAGAACAUAAAGGUAUUACUGUCCACAAUGUGCGGUUAAAUGGUUCUGCUGCCAGCCAUGUCCUUCACCAAGACAGUGGAUUAGGCUAUAAGGACCUUGAUCUAAUAUUCAUGGUGGACUUGAAACAACCUGAUGCUUUCCAGGUAGUGAAGCAUGCUGUACUGGAUUGCCUUCUGGACUUUCUGCCACUUGGUGUUAACAAGGAAAAAAUCACACCUAUGACUCUGAAGGAAGCAUAUGUACAAAAACUGGUUAAGGUAUGUACUGAAAGUGACAGAUGGAGUCUUAUUUCCUUAUCUAAUAAUAAUGGCAAAAACAUGGAGCUGAAAUUUGUCGAUACACUCAGGCGCCAGUUUGAGUUCAGCGUUGACUCCUUUCAAAUCCUUUUGGAUUCCCUUCUAAUGUUCAACCAGUGCUCUGAUAAAACAAUGUCUCAGAGCUUUCACCCCACAGUGACUGGUGAAAGCAUGUAUGGAGACUUUGAGGAAGCAAUGGACCACCUACGCAACAAGAUCAUUGCAACACGCAAUCCAGAGGAAAUCAGAGGUGGAGGGCUGCUCAAAUACUGCAACUUACUGGUGCGGGGAUUCAAGCCAAAGUCUGAAGUGGAUAUGAAAACAAUGCAGCGAUAUAUGUGCUCACGUUACUUCAUAGACUUCCCAGACAUAAGGGAGCAGCUACGAAAACUGAGGUGUUACCUACAAGACCACUUUGUAGGAAUGGAGGACAAACGAUAUGACUGCCUUAUGACCCUUCACCAUGUAGUGAAUGAAAGCACUGUGUGUCUCAUGGGACAUGAACGUAGACAAACACUUGCCCUUAUUGCCUCCUUGGCAGUACAAGCUUUAUCUGAGCAGUCUGUCCCAGCAGUUCCCAGUUUCACCUGCUACUACCAGCCAGCCCCCUUCAUAAGUGAUGGCAACUACAACAACUAUUAUUUUACACCUGUCCAAACUGUGAUGCCAUGCAGCCAUUCCUAUCAGACAUGGCUUCCCUGUUGUAACUGAGCUAGCUGGACAGUAUUACACCCUUCCUUUGCCUGCCCUACUGCAUUUUAACUGAAAACUUGGGAAGAAUUUGGCUUAAUUUUUUAAUUAAGAUAUGUGCACUUUGGUACAAGCUUGUGAAUUUUUUUACAUAGAUCAUGCAAUGAUUUCUUAUGUAUAUUCUCAACAUGCCAUUUAAUAUAGAACAACUUCUCUUUAUUCUGCUGGUGAAAUACAUCAAAUAUGGGCAUGUUUCUUAGA